UAUAAAGUUAUCAACCACAUCAACGCUCAUCAAAUGGAGCUAUGUCGUUAUUGUGACAUAACCCAACUUAAUCCUAUUCAUCCUUUAUAGUACUAACGAAUGGAAGCAAAGUCCUCUUUCGCUAAAUUGGAAAUUCUAAAGUGUAUCUUUCAAUAAAAAAACUCCUGGCCUUUUGCAGCGAUCGGCUAUCGUAAGCAUUUUGCUCUUCUGAUCAUGAGAUGAGACCUGCAAGCGAGAUAGCUGCUCGGAUAAGCGAAGCUCUGAUUUCUGCGUCAAAGAAAGCAAACCCAGCCCUUUCAUGGACGCCAUCGCUCGAGCGCAUUGUACACAGCCUCGGAUGCCGGAGCUCACUGAGUCCCUCACUCGUUGCCCAAGUCAUCGACCCUUGCCUCUUGACUCAUCACUCUCUCGCACUCGGUUUCUUCAACUGGGCCUCUCAGCAACCUGGAUUUACUCACACUUCACUUACUUAUCAAUCAAUCCUUAAAUCUCUCUCUCUUUCUCGUCAGUUCAAUUCUAUAGAGUCUAUCUUAAAGCAAGUCAAAGCCCGAAAAUUCUCCCUCGAUUCUUCAACUCAUCGCUUUGUCAUUAAUUCUUUAAUUCAAGGGAGCAAGACCCAGAACGCAUUUUUGCUUUUUACCGAGGUUAAAUCACAAAUUUUAGAUAUUGGGCCAGAGACAUGUAACUCGCUUUUGGCUGCGCUGAGUUCUGUCGGGUGUUUUGAAAAUGCACAAAGGGUUUAUGAUGAAAUGACAACGCGAGGUGUUCCUUUUAGCACUAUGGGUUUUGGCGUGUUUAUAUGGAGGUUUUGUAGAGAUGCUUAUUUGGCUAAGGUUUUGACUAUGUUAAACCAAGUAAAAGAGGGUAAUUCAAUGAUUAAUGGGUCAGUUAUUGCACUUUUGAUUGUUCAUGGUCUUUGUCAGGCUUCCAGGGUGGAUGAGGCUUUGUGGAUAUUGAAUGAACUGAGGAUUAGAGACUGCAAACCAGAUUUUAUGGCAUAUAGGGUCGUGGCUGAAGCUUUUAGAUCACUGGGGAGUGCGGCUGAUGUGAAUAAGGUUUUGAAGAUGAAGAGGAAGCUAGGGGUGGCACCGAGGAGUAACGAUUAUGGAGAGUUCAUUUUGAUUUUGAUUAAGGAAAGACUGAUUUAUGAAGCGAAAGAAUUAGGUGAAAUUAUUGUGCACGGUAAUUUCCCAAUUGAAAUUGAUGUGCUGAAUGCAUUGAUGGGAUCAGUUUCCAGUAUUGACCCUUCUGCUGCGGUGUUGUUUUUUCAUUUCCUUAUUGGAAAAGGAAGGUUACCAACUCUUUUAACCUUGAGCAACUUGGGCAGAAAUCUUUGUAGGCAUGGAAAGAUUGAUGAAAUGCUGGAGGUGUACCAUGUCUUGACUUCAAAUGAUUAUUUCUCUGACAUGGAGAGUUACAAUGUGAUAUUCUCAUUCUUUUGCAAGGUUGGGAGGGUAAGAGAGGCUUAUGGGAUCCUUCAGGAGAUGAAGAAGAAAGGACUUGGCCCGGAUAUUGCGAUGUAUAAUUCUUUAAUUGAAGUGUGUUGUAGAGAAGAUUUAUUGCGUCCUGCUAAGAAGCUUUGGGACGAGAUGUUUGCAAUUGGAUGUGGUGUGAAUUUAAAAACUUACAAUACUCUUAUAGCAAAAUUCUCAGAAAUAGCCGAAGUGGAAGAGGCUUUAAGGCUUUUCAAUCACAUGUUGGAGAAAGGGAUGGCACCUGAUGCUACAACUUACGCAUCCCUUCUCAAAGGACUUUGUCAAGAUACCAAGUUUGAUGCUGCCAUUGAAAUUUUCAAUAAAUCAAUUAAUCAGGAUUUGGUGUUGGCACAAAGUAUAUUGAGCACAUUCAUUCUAAACCUGUGCACAAAAGGUCAAUUUCUUGUAGCUUCUGAGUUGCUCUGUGGCCUUGCCUAUGACAUAGGACAUCCAGAUUCCCAUGUUGUUUUGCUAAAAUGUUUAGCUGAUGCUGAAGAGGUUCCGAUUGCUGUUGAACAUUUGAAACGGAUUCAAGACAUGUCUCCUUCAAAGUUACAAGUCAUAUUUACUGAGCUUUUGGCCUUGCUUUCUUGUUCUUCGAAACCAGAAUCUAUCUUGUUCUUGCUUCAAUCCAUGCGUGAACAUUGUAUGGAUUCCAGUGGUGAUUAUUGGAAGCAUGUUUGCAGAAAAUCACAUGUUUGAUGGUAGCUAAGCUUGAGAUGCAAAAUUUGGCUGCUCAGAAUGGACAAUGGUGGCUCAGUUGGGAACUUUACUGUUUGUUUCUUCCCCACUGCUUUUCAUAUACCAAGGAUAAAAUAUUCAAAAUCGACUAGUCAUCUGCAUGUCAGAAGCCAGAAGGUAACGACCGUCAGAAUAACUUGAAAUUCAAUCUUUGGAUUUCUUUUUUCUGAUUCUUCCUUUCAAGCAUGCAACUUCCAUGUACCACGUGCAGAUCACAGGAUCUGUUGAGGAUUACUAUAUCAUUCUCCUUUCAGUUGGCAGAUCUUCUGCUUCAUCUACUACUGUUCUACUACUCUCACAAUCUUUCAUUUAUGGGAUUGUUGUCUUGUUGCACUACCAAUAUUGUAUUUUUUUCCAUGAACUUUGAUGAAGCCAACAAAUCACCAACUAUUCCCAAUUCUUUAUGAUCAUUCCACUCACCAAGCCCAGAUAGAAGUGGUGAUCCCUAUCAUGAUGCCUUCCUACUAUGACAAGUUCAUAGCAGUUUUCCAUUGAUACAAUUACUGAAGUAGUCACUGUCCCAUCCAUCGCCACCUCCUCUGUAUACAUUACUCUAUAAUUUCCUGCGGUAGCUUCAUUAUCAAUCUUCCUUUCUGUGGCAUUAUCACCAGCAAUACUUCCAUUCUGAAGGAGCCAUACCGUUGUCAGGUUGAUACUGUGUUGUCUAGCCAUCCGUGCCCCUAUUGCCAGUGCCUCCCUAUCAUCAUGUCCGCCCAAAAAUAGAACAGCAACACGAUAUGAAGACUGGCUGGGAUAAGAAGACGGCGCAUGCAAGCUAGUCCUGAGUGCAUUCAGAAUCCCACGAUCAACCAGGAUUGCCGUUGAGCAAGGUGCCUUGUCAAGGACAUUUUCAUUUGCUACCUGAAUGGCCCGUUUGUGGAAGGUUGCUACAUCACUCGCUUGGAAUCUCUUGUGAGAGGAACUAUGAUAAGGGAAGUCCUUUGUCUAGUGCAAUUGUGCACACAUCAUCGUGCAUUGUUUUAGAUGGACAAAUUGCAGUAUAAGGGUGACCAUGGUUGCUAUCCUCAAAGUGUCUGAAGGCAUUGAUUACUUGUUCUGUGCUUUUGACCUUUCUAGAGGGCCUUUUACUCAGCUUGCGGGGGAUUAGCAGGGGGUUUGCACGAUCAACAGUCUCAAUGAGGCGGAGGAGAUAGACACAUAUAGGACUUCUUCUUAUGGGAUUUAAGACUUCAAGGAGUUUGAUGGCAGCGGGAGCAUUUUCAUGUUCAUGGAUACAAACUAGCACUCGAAGUUCAAAUUGGGUUUUAGGUUCAUCAUAGUUCUUCUCCUAUAAACAGCCUACCUUCUUGAAGGAUCAUAUAAGCAUUUAAUGAUAAGGGAUACGGUUCCUGUCACAAGCAUCGUGGAUAGGGCCAUGAUCACAAAGGCCUCAUUGUCUAUUGCCUGCACAUCAUUAUGAAUUCAAUUCAUCACAUUGGUUAAGGCAACAGCCAUUUAUAAUUAUUUAUAGCAGAUACUGUUGUAACUCUUGCUUGCAAUUAAGAAUCUACAGGCAGUGAGAAUUAUUAGUUUUGAC